AUGGCUACAACGGAAAAUAAUUUUGUGCAACGUAGACGUCUAUUAGAAGAGCACCUUGUUGAUCCACAUUCAUCGAUUUCAAUAGAUAGUUUACUUGAUUCAGUUAUUGCUUUUAUUUAUGAUUGUGAAGGUCUCAAAAAAACAAAAAACUUCGAUGGAUUUUAUGGAAAAUUUCAUGAAUCUACACGAGAAAUUCGUAAUCAGCGUGUCAAUAUUGAUGAUUUUGAAACAAUUAAAAUUAUUGGUCGAGGUGCUUUUGGUACAAUUGAUCUGGUACGACGAAAAGCAACUGGACAAGUUUAUGCUAUGAAAACAUUGAAUAAAUUUGAAAUGGUAAAAAAAUAUGAUAGUGCUUUAUUUUGGGAAGAACGAAGUAUUAUGGCUUUUUCAAAUAGUGAUUGGAUUGUUAAACUUCAUUAUGCAUUUCAAGAUGUUAGCAGUCUCUAUAUGAUUAUGGAUUAUAUUCCAGGUGGUGACUUUAUGACAUUACUUGAACGAUAUGAAAUGGAUGAAAAGUCUGCACGUUUUUAUUGUGCUGAAGUUGUGCUUGCACUUGAUGCCAUUCAUAGUAUGGGUUAUAUUCAUCGAGAUGUUAAACCAGAUAAUAUUUUACUUGAUGUUUAUGGACAUAUAAAAUUAGCAGAUUUUGGUACUUGCAUUGAAAUGGAUAAAGAUGGUCUUGUUCGAUCUAAUAUUGCAAUUGGUACGCCAGAUUAUAUAAGUCCAGAAAUAUUAAAAUCUGUAAGUACAUCCGGUGUUUAUGGACCAGAAGCGGAUUGGUGGUCUGUUGGUGUGUUUCUUUAUGAAAUGUUACUUGAUGAAACACCAUUUGAUGCUGAAUCAUUAGUUGGAGUAUAUCAUAAAAUAAUGAAUCAUCAAGAAAAUCUUAUCUUUCCAGAAGAACCAGUUUUAUCUAAUGCAGCUCGUACACUUAUAUGUGCAUUUCUUAGUGAUCAAUCAACACGUUUAGGUAAAACUGGUGUCGAAGAAAUAAAAGCUCAUCCAUUUUUUACAAAUCAAAAUGAAUGGACAUGGGAAACAAUACGACAAGCAUCAGCUCCUAUCGUUCCAUUAUUAACAAAUGAUGAAGAUACAAGUAAUUUUAAAGAUCUUGAAAAAAAUGAUCAUCCUUCAAAAGAAUCAUUUUCCGUUAGUAAAACAUUUAUUGGAAAUCAACUUUCAUUUGUUGGAUUUUCAUUUUCCAAUGAAGCACAGUAA